AUGCGGGAAGCUCUUAUGUGGACAAUCAGUGAUUUUCCUGCAUAUGCUAUGUUAUCUGGUUGGAGUACAAAAGGAAAGUUUGCUUGCCCUUGUUGUAACUAUGGCACUAAUUGUCGCUAUCUUAAACAUAGUCGGAAAAUGUGCUAUAUGGAUCAUCGUGUUUUUCUACCGAUGGAUCAUCCAUGGAGAUCAAACAAAAGAUCAUUCAAUGGAAAAACUGAAUUUAGGCCUCCUCCAGCUCCUUUAAAGGGAAUUGAUGUUCUUAAUAGCUUACGUGAUUUUGUAAAUGUGUUUGGGAAGAAGAAAAAGAGAUCAAAUGAUGGCCCAUGGAAAAAAAGGUCAAUUUUUUUUGAAUUACCUUACUGGCAGCACAACUUGUUACGUCACAACCUUGAUGUAAUGCACAUAGAGAAGAACAUAGUUGAUAGCAUACUUGGAACUCUUUUGGAUAUUUCAGGAAAAACAAAGGAUCAUGCAAAAGCACGGUAUGAUUUGAAAGAUAUGGGAAUCAGGAAGAACCUUCAUCCACAAGAUACAGAAGAUAGUAAGAGAACAAAGUUUACAAAGGCGUGCUUCUCAAUGACAAAUGGAGAGAAAUCCAUCUUUUGUGGAGUUUUAAAGACAGCCAAGCUACCUGAUGGUAGUGCCUCCAAUAUAUCUAGGUGUGUGCACUUGGAUGAAAGAAAGGUGUCUAAUUAUAAAACCCAUGAUGCUCAUUUCAUGUUACAUUACUUUCUUCCAAUACCAAUUAAAAGCAUUCUUCCUGAUCAUGUGGCUAUUCCUUUGAUUCGUCUAAGUUCCUUCUUCCAUCGUUUGUGCCAAAAAGUAAUCACAUUGGAGGAACUGGAUUGCUUAGAAGUAGAGAUCAUAGAAACAACAAAUCAGUUGGAGAGAAUUUUUCCUCCUUCAUUUUUUGAUAUCAUGAUUAGUUUGCCUAUUCAUUUGGUGAAUGAAGUGAGAUUAGGCGGCCCGGUGCAAAAUCGAUGGAUGUAUUCCACUGAAAGAGAAACGGGUACAUUCAAAUCAUACAUUCGCAAUAGGCGUUUUCCAGAAGGUUGCAUAGCAGAGACACGAGUGGGAAUAGAUUGCAUGAAUUUAUUCUCAAAAUAUCUGCAUCGGGGUGUGCAUACCAGAUUUAAUAGGAGAGCGCGAAACAAUGAUGAAUGUGACCCAAGUGACGCAGAACCUGUGAGUUUGUUUUCUAACAAAGGAGUUCCUUUAGGAGCAAAGAAAACUGAUCCAAUCAUUUUAGAUGACAAGUCACUAAGUCAGGCACAUGCAUACUUAUUGGGAAGUUGUGACGAUGUUCAAGAAUAUAUUAGAGAGCAUGAGCAAGAGGUUAAUAAUCAGUCACGAAGAUCUAAAUGGAGCAAAGCCAAGAAUCAUUGUCAAAACUUCUCUCAAUGGUUUGAAACUCGUGCUUUGCAAGAGGAUGUGCCUGAUUUGAUAAAACAAUUGUCUAGAGGACCAAAUUCUGUUGCAAAAAGAUAUUCUGGGUAUCUCAUAAAUGGAUAUAGAUUCCAUGUUAGGCAGCGUGAUGCAAGGCGUAAAACACAAAAUAGUGGUGUUACACUAAUUGCCUCAACUACAAGCUUUGCAAGCUCAAAGGAUAAAAAUCCGAUUGCUGCAGAUUUGACUUAUUAUGGUAGAAUAGUUGAUAUUGUUGAAUUAAACUAUUACAGCCAUUUUAAGGUUGUUUUAUUUAAGUGUGAUUGGUAUGAGGUUGAAAAAGAUGUUUAUGGCCUUACUUAUGUCUAUUUUAACAAGAGAUGCUCUCAGGAAGAGCCUUUUGUGCUUGCAUAUCAAGUACACCAAUGCUUCUAUGUGCAAGAUCCAUAUGAUCACGAUAAAUAUUAUGUUAUGAAGACUGUUCCAAGAGACUUGUUUAACAUGGGUGAUGAAGUUGAAUCUAAUCUCCCACAAAGUUAUGAAAAUGAGCCAUCUGAACAUUCGAAGGGUCCAUCUAUACCAAAAGAUAAUGGUGAAGUACUCUUAACAAGGACUGAUUUACCAGAAACAAUCAUUGAUGUGCCUGUGGAGGAAUUUGUCAAUCAACAACUUGAAGUCGAGUAUGAAGAGGAGUUUGAAGAUGAGUUCGAAGAUGAGUCUGAAAAUGAGUAUGAAGAUGAGUUUUCAGAUGCGUUUGAAGACGAGUCUGAAAAUGAGUAUGAAGAUGAGUCUGAUGAUGAAGUCGAGUCUGAAGAAGAGUCUGAAUAA